CGAACUGGAAAGAUUGUUCCGGGAUCAGCUGUGGCUGGGAAUUCAUGUACUCUGACAACAAUUAUGUGAACAUGUAUCGGUGCUGGUGAGCUUUGAUCCCAUUAUACGCUGAAAGAUGCCUGCAGUAUCUACUGGUGUAAAAGAUCUCUAUCUGUCCACGUCACUGGGGGAACUGAACAAGAAGGCAGAGAUUAAACCGGACAAGAUCAACACGAGACAUUAUGUACAGAGCGCCUGCAAAAUCUUUAAAGCGGCGGAGGAGUGUCGGCUGGACCGAGAUGAGGAAAAAGCCUAUGUUUUGUACAUGAAAUACUUGACGGUGUAUGAUCUCAUUAAAAAGAGACCCGACUUCAAGCAGCAACAGGACUAUUUCCUGUCUAUGCUUGGGCCGACCAGCUUCAAAAAAGCCAUAGAGGAAGCAGAGAAGCUGUCUGAAAGCCUGAAGCUCAGAUAUGAAGAGGUAGAAGUGCGUAAGAAGCUUGAGGAGAGAGAGAAACAGGAGGAGAAGAACAGAGCGGCUGAGAAGAACAGAGCGGCUGAGAAAUUGGAGAAAGAUGCAGGGCGAGCCUCACCAAAAGGAACAUCUGAAACCAAGAAGGAGAAAACGGUUAAAGGGGAACAGAAUGAUAUGAAGAGUGGAUCCCCCAAAGGAGGUAUCUCAGCUGAAAAUCUGUUCCGCUUGAUGAAGGAUCCUAACCUCAGCUUGAUUGUCAUGGAUGCCAGAUGUAGGACAGACUUUGAGGAGUCACGGAUUCAAGUUCCAUCACAGGCCUGUAUCAGCAUCCCUGAGGACGCCAUCUCUCCAGGAAUAACAGUCAGUCAGAUUGAGUCCAAGCUGCCCGAGGCUUCCCUAGAGCAGUGGAAACGUCGGGGAUUUGUCGAUUACAUCGUCCUCUUGGACUGGUUCAGCUCGACUGCAGAUCUCAAACUAGGAACCACACUCCAGAGUCUGAAGGAUGCCCUCUAUAAGUGGGACAGCGUGACCAUCCUGCGCAGUGAACCUAUGGUACUGGAGGGAGGCUAUGAAAACUGGCUCCUCUUUUACCCAAUGUACACGACAAACGCUAAAGUGAAGCCUCCGCGGCAGCAGGCGCCCAGUGUCAUUCCACAGUUGAAUUUCAGUUACCCGUCCCUCACGGAGCCUAAGCCUGUUCCUCCUCCAGAACCAGAACCAAAACCUUCGGGUGUUCAGGUGAACGGAAGGGCCACGGAGGAGCCCCCCCAGAAUGAGCCUGCUGCACCCCCUCCUCAGCCGCACGCUCCUGAACCAACCCCUCUGCCUGUCUCCACGACAACAGAAAAAGUUAAGAUCACUCCCAUCCAGCCAGAGGUGACCACCAAACCCACCCCUCAGAUCGACCGCACCAAGAAACCCUCUGUGAGAAUACACGACGGCGCGAAACCGAACACCGAGCCCUCAGUCAGGGACCUCCAGCCACCACAGAACGGACCUGUCAUCCCAGACCGGUCCGUCAAACCCGCGUUUGAACCCACCGGCCCCCUGUCCGAGGAAGAGAAGACCCAGAUUCACGCGGAGACGGCCAACCUGAUCGAGAAGGCCAAGAGAGAGCAGGAGCAGCGCAGGCUAGAGCGCCAGGCUCAAGAAGAGGAGAGAAAAGAGAGAGAGCAACGUGCCAGAGAGGAGAGAGAGAGACAGGAGGCGCUGGACAAACAGGAGAGGGAAGAACGGGAGAGGAGAGAGGAGGAGGAAAAGAGGCAGCAAGAGAAGAAAAAGCUGGAGCGUCAGAAAGCGGAGGAUGAAGAAGAGAAUGGAGGAAGAGGAGAGGACACAGUGAAAAGAGGAGAGAAGGACCAGGCCAUGGACACGCAGUCAAAGAGCGCAUCUCUGGACUCACCUGUCCCCAACAAUAUAGUCAGUGACAUCAAGCGUGAGCCCCUGACUCGAGCGCGCAGUGAGGAAAUGGGACGCACCAUCCCUGGCCUGCCUGACGGCUGGAUGAAGUUCCUGGACACCGUGACGGGGACGUACAGGUACUACCAUUCUCCGACCAAUAGGGUGCACCUGUACCCCCCAGAGGUGAGGGUGCCCCAGACCCCACCUGCCACGCCCCCCACGCCCAAACAGAAGCCGGCGCGCGCGGUGGAAGCGGAGCAGGAACGGGAGCAGUCGAAACUGAAACGCUCGUACUCUUCACCAGACAUCACCCAGGCCCUGAACGAGGAGAGCCAGAGGAAACCCACGCCCACACCCACCAUCAACAGAGACACUAAGCCCAUCUCUGCCACAACCUACACCAAGGUGGAGAUCUCCCGACCCUCUGCCGCCAAGAUCCGCAGCCUGAACCCCGUGUUCGGGGGCCUGGGCCCCUCCCUGACCGGCCUGCGUAACCUGGGUAACACCUGCUACAUGAACUCCAUAUUACAGUGUCUGUGUAACACCCCCGCCAUGGCCGAGUAUUUUAACAAAGACUACUACCAAGACGACAUCAACAGAGCGAACAUUUUGGGUCACAAGGGAGAGGUGGCUGAGGAGUUUGGGGUGAUCAUGAAGGCCCUCUGGUCAGGACAGUACAAGUGUGUCAGCCCGCGCGACUUUAAGAUCACCAUCGGCAAGAUUAACGACCAGUUUGCCGGCUAUGAGCAGCAGGAUUCGCAGGAGCUCCUGCUCUUCCUGAUGGAUGGGCUGCAUGAAGACCUGAACAAGGCUGAUAACCGGAAGAGAUGCAAAGAGGAAGCCAACGAUCACCUGGACGAUCCAAAGGCGGCUGAACUGGCCUGGAGCAAACACAAGCUCCUCAACGAGUCCAUCAUCGUGGCACUGUUCCAGGGUCAGUUUAAAUCCACAGUCCAGUGCAUGACCUGCCACUGCAAAUCACGCACGUUUGAGACAUUCAUGUACCUGUCUCUGCCGCUGGCCUCCACAAACAAGUGCUCUCUGCAGGAUUGUUUAAAACUGUUCUCUAAAGAGGAGAAGCUCUCAGACAACAACAGAGUUUACUGCCGGCACUGCAAAGCUCACAGAGACUCCACCAAGAAGCUGGAGAUCUGGAAGGUUCCACCCAUUCUGCUUGUGCACUUAAAGCGCUUCUCCUAUGAGGGAAGAUGGAAGCAGAAACUGCAGACGUCUGUGGACUUUCCCCUGGAAAACCUGGAUCUCACACAGUACGUCAUCGGACCCAGGCACACCUCAAAGAAAUACAACCUCUACGCUGUGUCUAACCACUACGGUGGUCUGGACGGUGGACACUACACGGCUUACUGUAGGAACGCUAGCAAACAACGCUGGUUCAAGUUUGACGACCAUGAAGUGUCGGAGAUUUCCACAUCCUCCGUCAAGUCGUCUGCCGCCUACAUCAUCUUUUACUCGUCUCUGUAAAGGAGACGCAGUGACGUGGCCUAGCAGGAGCUGACCACUGCAUGUGUGCAACACUGCUCCAGCGGAAGAAGACAGCUUAUUAUAGAAGGACCUGAGCGUUGAAGGGCUGUGUGGAGUGUGUGUGUGUGAGUGCGCGCACUCUGCCUGACGCUACCAGACACACCCACAGGGUACUGCUGCUCCCUGCAAAGAGCUUCUGUUUAAGAAGCCUUAUAAAGAUCCUAAGUGUUUAUCUGUUUUGUUAACGACAGUGGGGAAAGAGGAGUUGACCUUAACUGAACGCUGUAACUGGUCAAAGGCCAACCUUAUAGCUAUGCCUAUGGAACUUAACAUUAUAAUCCAGGCUUUAAAACCUAGAUGGUUGUAACUGUAGUGCUGGAUCCCUGUGAAUCUUUCUGAUUUUCUUCUGUCUUGGUUUCAGCCUUACAGCCCUCUUUCAUUACUAACCGCAAGCCUCCUUGCUCUGUGAAUAUUCUAGAAACUGAAAACGGAAAAAAAAAAAAAAAAAAAACCUAGGACAAAAAUAUGUACAUACCACACAUAGAUCUUGCACAUGAGUGUCCAUAAAACAAGGGAGAGGUGUUUAUUUAUGAAGUGACCAAAUUCUGCUUUAGGAACCGAAUGUGAAAAGCCAAGCAUUAGCCUUUGAAGUGUUAGCGAGAUUCGCGUGCACCGCUUCCUUAUGUUGAGAUGGACAAAAUAUUAACAUUAAGACAUCUGUUUUAACUGAAUCAGUCAAAUUCAUUGGACCAACGCAGUCCUUAAUGAGCUUAACAAGAGGAGGCGAACUAUCGAUUUUCUUUCUGUUGGCUACGUUAAAUGGAAUCUUUAAUCACACUGCUUUACCUCAGAACGCUGCCACGGCUUUAUAUCACUAUCA